ACAUUCUACUUUAAUUUCGUUCCUUAUUUAACUUAUAGAAUAAGUUUUCUAUAUAUUCUCUUGAAUGAUUUUAUAUUUUAGUAUUUAGUAUUCGACAAUCAUUUGCAAAAUUUUCCUAGUGACUUUUAUUUUUGACACCAAAUUCCUUUUUUGGUGCCUUUUUGAUGGCCGAAGAGUUUUAGUUUUUAGAAAACUAAAAACCACAAUUAUCUGCAUAAUCUUUGCAGUUAUUUUUAAAAUAAGUGAAAAUAUAAAAUUCUAAGAUCAUGGCGGAAAAGGGCGAAGAACCAGUGAAGAAGAAGAGGACUUUCAAAAAAUUCACUUACAGAGGUGUUGAUCUGGAUCAACUCCUUGAUAUGCCAAAUGAACAGUUGAUGGAAUUAAUGCACUGUAGAGCCAGAAGGCGUUUUAGCCGAGGCCUGAAGCGUAAACCUAUGGCUUUAGUCAAGAAACUUCGCAAAGCGAAAAAAGAAGCACCUCCACUAGAAAAACCAGAGACUGUGAAAACCCAUCUUCGUAACAUGAUUAUUGUUCCAGAAAUGGUGGGAUCAAUUGUCGGUGUUUACAACGGCAAAGUUUUUACACAGGUUGAAAUCAAACCUGAAAUGAUUGGACAUUACUUAGGUGAAUUUUCUUUGACUUACAAACCUGUAAAGCACGGUAGGCCUGGUAUCGGUGCUACCCACAGUUCUAGAUUCAUCCCUCUCAAGUAAAUUGGUAUUUCUAUAUAUUGUGUAAUUUAAUAUAGGAUGUAUUGAAAUAAACGUUUAUAUUUGAGGGAAC